AUGAGUCGCUCAGCGAGAUUUGCGGGCAACGGCUGUCGAAGCUUGACAACUUCUUCCCUCCCUUCGUUCUCAAACUAUUCUGCACCUAUAACCCCAGCAGGACCUUCGAAGCCAAGCCGGACGGCCACAGCUAUUCCUGUAUUGCGUCUCGAAACAGCUUCAGUCUUGUUCGCAAUAGCCAAGGAUGUGGGGGAGGCGCUUCAACACGUCCCGUAUGUCAAGGCGCUGUGCGGGGUAAUGCUGCAAAUUAUCAAAAUCAAGGAGGAAAUCACUGAUAGCAAAUGGCGAUGCAAGGAGCUGGUCGAGAAAGUUGAACGGCGGUCGGAAGUCAUCUUGUUGGGACUGAAGAAAAUCUCGGAGGCACCGGGCAGAGAUGGACUGAAGGAUCUCGAGGACGAUCUUGUUGCAUACCACAGACUUCUCCAAGAUGUUCAUAACAUUCUGCUGUACUGCGCAUCCAAAAAGAUGAGCCAUCGUGUCGACCGCUGGCUGAACCGUGGUCAGCUGUGGGAAGAUAUGCUUCGACUUGAGCGUCUACUGGAUGACUUUCGUGUUAACUUCAGUGAUAACCGAUUGGUUCACAUCGAAAUUCAAAUGAACACGAUGAGCAAUUUGCUAGUAGGGAAGACCCGAGGCUUACAGAGACAUCGUCCAUUAAUACCGCCCGAGCCACCAUUCUUGUAUGGCAGGGAGCGCGAGCGAGCAGCCAUUAUUGCGACCCUAACAGGUUCGGCUUCUCCUCGAAUAGCCAUACUCGGCGCUGGCGGAAUCGGCAAGACCACACUUGCGAUCUCUUGUUUAUACGACAAGCUUGUCGUUGAACGCUACGAGUCGCGUUAUUUUGUGGCAUGUGACGGUGUAACCUCAGCUGAGCUGUUGCUCACCGAACUAGCUAAUGUUCUUCGUCUACCCCGCGAUCAACUAGACGAAAACAUGCACGAUAUUGUCCUUUCUGCUUUCCGACGAACCGCGACCGUCAUUUGCUUCGACAACUUCGAGACCGCAUGGGACAAUGCAACCACUCGACGCGCGGUCGAAGAAGUACUUCUGGAAUUUAUGGCUAUCCCGACUUUGGCUUUGUUAGUAACGAUGCGCGGUACACAACGGCCGGCUCCAAGUGCUGGUUGGUCUGCGCCCCUUCUUCCUCCUCUCCAUUCACUUCAUUUUGAGGAUGCUGCCAAUGUGUUUCGUGCGAUUGCUGGAGAGGUUGACGAGUUUGCGGAGGAAAUGAUACGAGAGGUGGACUGCAUUCCCCUGGCAGUGACUCUUCUUGGACAUAUGGUACAAGAGGAAAACGAGACAACAGCCACCUUGGCACGGCGUUGGAAGAACGAGCGAACUGGUUUGAUAGACACUGGGGGCGAAGAUCGUUUAUCUAAGCUCGACGCCUCAAUCCAGUGCUCCAUUUCGUCGCCACGUAUGUGUGCGGAUCCCUUUGCAGCCAGCGUCCUCGCCCUUUUGUCUGUUCUCCCCGAUGGCUUUCCCGAUCGAGAAGGGUUGGCGGAUCGGCUACAAAACUACUUACCACCCGAAGUCAACCUCCAUAGGGCGGUGUCAACGCUCAAGCGGGUGGCGCUCGUUCACAAUGAAACACUAGUCGAAACCCCUCGGAUACGACUUCUUUCACCUGUCCGACACUUCAGCAAAGCCAAUCUCCAUAUCCCACCCCCAUUCCGCACAGCACUCGUCAAUUUCUACAUCCAACUUCUCGAGGAGGGGCGUGACCAUGCAGACCCACGGGCCCAUGUUAUCCCUCCGGAACUGCUCAACAUCCAGAGCGUUUUUACAGAGGCUUUCGCCAGUGGCGAUAAUCGGCUUGCCUUGAUAAAAGCGUCAAUAACAUACACAGAAUGGCUCGUCUUUAUGGGAUCUGGGGUCGAUGACAUAAUCAAGCUUGCGAUUCGCAGUAGCCCGACCUCCGAGCUGUUGCCAGCCUGCUAUUUUUGGCUAGGAAGGCUCUGUGUGAGGCGUAAUGAUGCUGACGGUGCCCACGAUGCGUUUCGCAAGGCAAUUCAACUUCAUGUUGAAGCUCACGACACUGCUGGAGAAGCCAAUGACUUGUACGAGCUCGGUAGCCUCUAUGUUCAUUGGGGCAAACUCGAAGCGGCGGAGGCUUCCUUCAAGCAAGCCCUCCAGUUGCAUACGGCAGAGCGAAACUAUCUUGGCGAGGGGUAUGACCUGCUCGAGCUGGGGAAACUGUUUAUGCGAGCUGGGCAACUGAAGGACGCAGAGGUCUGUAUGACAAAUGCCUUGAAUCUCUUGAGAGCAACACAGCAUGUUGUUGGGCAAGCACGUGCUUUACGACGACUCGCCGGCGUGUUCAUGCGACAGGAACGUUUGGAAGAGGCGGAGAGUGCGCUCUAUGAGGCUGUCCGACUUCAUCGACAAACGAAGAGCAUUCUAGGAGAGGCACAUGAUCUGCGACGUUUGGGGAACCUCCAUCUAUGGAGGCACCAGCUUGAAGAAGCGGAAGUGUCAUUCAACAAGGCUGCCGAUCUGCACAGACAAGCUCAUGAUCUCCUUGGCGAGGCAAACGACCUGGCUAGCAUGAGCGAAGUUUGCAUGGAGCUCGGACGACUGUCGGAGGCGGAGUCGUACUUGACCUACGCGCUCAGGCUGCAUGAGCAGACCCAGGGAGUGAUGGGCCAGGCGAAUGACCUGCAGAGUCUCGGGGAACUAUAUGCACGCAAGAGGCAAUUACCGGAAGCGGAGAAAGCGUUGAGCAGGGCAGUCCAGCUCCACCAACAAGUCGGCGAGAAGAUGGGCUGCGCGAAGGACAAGCACAAGUUGGGCUGUCUUUAUCUACGCAUGGGGGCACUGGGAACUGCUGAAGAGGCCUUCAAAGACGCCAUUUGUCUCUACAGACAAGUCAGCAACCAGGCGGGCGAAAUCGAAGGACUGCACUCGCUUGCGAACCUCUAUGCGAAGGUGGGGAAUCGCAAAGCGGAGGAGGAGGUGCUGAAAUCGCUCAGCGCACUCAAACUGGUUCCGAUGGUGCGAUUUGCGGCCACUGGGGAGGAAGUGGUUGCGCUGAGAGUUCCACGUGACCUCGAUAUGAUGCACCGGCUGGAAUAUUGGUCAGGCUACUCGCCGUGA